UUUUGUGUAUCUGUAUCUUCCCCAAAAAAUUUCAUGAAAUAUCUUAUCUUAUCGGUAUCUUUGAUAAAUUUUGCUCAAAGAUACCGAUAAGAUACAGAUACUUGCAUUUUAUCUUAUCUAUUGAAUUUAUCAGAUAAGAUAAGAUAAGUUACUAAACAAGUGCGGAUUUUUGUUUUUUUUGGCGCCACUUGUGGCUCACAAAAUAUGUUGUUUAGCAUAACCUCAUUCACACUUUGUCACUUUCACAGCAGUCGAAAAUUUACUCUUUUUUUGUUCUUUUUCAAAAGUCAUAGUUUCACAAUUCACACGUGUUUCGUGUUAAGUAAGUCGUGGUUAAUCGUAGGUUACACACUCAUUAUUUUUCAAAAAGAAUUUCACUGUGACUGACUAUUACAAACAAUGAAGUAGAGUGUUGGAGACCUGGAGUACACUUUUCAUGGCUCCCCCUUUUAAGAUGCCUCAUGCAAAGAAAAGUGCCCCGAAGUCUCGAAGUCGAGGUCGGGGUUCUGUGUCAAACCCGAGAGGUAGAUCUGCAGCUGGAGCUAGUGCACAAAAUCAACUGGACAGAAUCGUUAAUGCCUUGCCCAUUUCUCAACUACAUCAAAAUCAGCUCACUGAAGAAGAAGAAGAGAACGCAGAGAGAGAUCAAUCACAAGAUGACAGUAAUGCUGCCAAUAAUAACACAGAUGAAUCUAUGAUGGAACAGACCAUCAGUUCUGAUGUUCAGGAGGAACCACCAGGCCAGCCAAUUUCAUCUUUCGUGAUAUCAAACUGGGUUCCUGCGUGGAGACGCAAAUUUUUCUAUGAUUGGCGACAGGAUUCGUCAACUGGCAAAAUAUAUGCGAAAUGCGAACUUUGCAAAAGCUGUCAUACCAAUCGCCACCUUACAGGAAAUCUGUCUUCGUUUACCAACUUCACUAAACAUCUAAAAGGUGUCCAUUUAGAAGAAUGGAAAGCUUACGAAGACCAGCAGUCGAAAAAGAAAGGCGACCCUAGACAGCAAUCCAUCAAGGAGUAUGGCACGGGUAAAUCAAUUCAUAAGUCCAGGCAGCAGCAACUCGACAUACAGUUAACGUAUUCCAUGGCCGAGGACAACAUUCCCCUCAACAUUCUGAAAAGACCUCGAUUCAAGGAAUGGAUUCAGAACGGCAUGGUAGGAUACCAGCUUCCUUCUAUGGAAAAGAUGCGAAAUUCUAUGUUGCCUAAGAUUGCUGCCGCUACUAAAGAAAAGGCCCUUCAGUUGCUGAAGACAUGUACUUCAUUCAAUAUUAUUCUUGACAUUUGGUCAUCUAAACAAAUGAUGGGAUACAUCAUAAUAAACUUUUGUUAAUUGGUUUAUUAUAUUUUUUGAUGAAACAUUUCAUUUUCUCGUUUCGUUUCCAUUUCAUCAAUAUGCUCACCAUGUAAUGGAAAAAAUACAGAAAUUUAGCAAACAA